CCCGCCCCGCGCCGCCCGGGCCAUUUUGCGGCACGAUGAGGCGGGAGCGGCGGUGAGCAGCGCCCGUCCCGCCCGCUCCGCUCGCACCGCCGGGCACGGCCCUCCCGAGGGCGAGCAGACACAGCCAGGGGACAGCGACACCCCCAGCGCCGCCCGCUCGCCCCCUCAGCGCCGGCGGAGCCAUGAGCUGGGGCACGGAGCUGUGGGACCAGUUUGACAACUUAGAAAAACACACACAGUCGGGUAUUGAUGUUCUGGAAAAGUACAUCAAGUUUGUCAAAGAAAGAACAGAGAUUGAACUCAGCUAUGCAAAGCAGCUUAGGAAUCUUUCAAAGAAAUACCAACCCAAGAAGAACUCCAAAGAGGAGGAAGAAUACAGGUACACAUCAACUAGAGCCUUCCUAGCCACUUUAAAUGAAAUGAAUGACUAUGCUGGACAGCACGAGGUCAUUUCAGAGAACAUGACCUCUCUGAUCACUGCAGAGUUAACACGCUACGUGCAGGAGCUGAAACAGGAGAGGAAAUCGCACUUCCACGAUGGCAGAAAGGCACAACAACACAUUGAAACUUGCUGGAAACAACUUGAAGCAAGUAAAAGGCGGUUUGAACGUGAUUGCAAAGAAGCUGAUCGGGCACAGCAGUAUUUUGAGAAAAUGGAUGCUGACAUCAACGUGACAAAAGCAGAUGUUGAAAAGGCAAGACAGCAAGCCCAGCUGAGACAUCAGAUGGCAGAAGACAGCAAAGCUGAAUAUUCUUCCACCCUACAGAAGUUCAACAGUGAACAGCAUGAGCAUUACUACACACACAUACCAAACAUCUUCCAGAAAAUCCAAGAGAUGGAGGAAAGAAGAAUCGUGAGGAUAGGAGAAUCCAUGAAAACCUUUGCAGAAGUCGACCGCCAAGUGAUCCCCAUCAUUGGGAAGUGUCUGGAUGAGAUAACAAAGGCUGCAGAAUCAGUGGAUCACAAGAAUGAUUCCCAGAUGGUAAUAGAAGCCUUUAAAUCCGGGUUUGAGCCUCCGGGAGACGUCGACUUUGAGGAUUUCACGCAGCCAAUGAAGAGGACGGUGUCUGAAUCCAGCCUUUCCAACUCCAGGGGGGAUGGCAAGUCAGAGCCCAAGUUCGGUAGCAAAUCCAAGGGCAAGUUAUGGCCAUUCAUCAAGAAAAAUAAGGGAGCAGGCCCAGAAGACUUCAGCAAUCUCCCACCCGAGCAAAGAAGAAAGAAGCUUCAGCAAAAGGUCGAUGAACUAAACAGGGACAUUCAGAAAGAGAUGGACUCAAGAGAUGCCUUAACGAAGAUGAAGGAUGUGUACAUCAAGAACCCCCAGAUGGGAGACGCAGCGAGCGUGGACCUCAGGCUGGCAGAGCUUGGGCAGAACAUCGACAAGCUGCGAUUGGAAGUUCAGAAAUUCGAGGGCUGGCUGGCAGAGGUGGAGGGGCGCCUGCCGGCGCGCUUGGAGCAGCCGCGGCGCCAGAGCGGAGUCUACGAGGCACAGAACGCGUCAGGAGUGAACAGCUGUGCCCAGGACCGCGAGAGCAGCCCCGAUGGCAGUUACACAGAAGAGCAAAGCCAGGAGACUGAGAUGAAAGUACCUGCAACAGACUUUGACGAUGAGUUUGAUGAUGAAGAACCACUACCCACCAUAGGAACAUGUAAAGCCCUCUAUACAUUCGAAGGUCAGAAUGAAGGAACAAUCUCUGUAGCAGAAGGAGAGAUGCUUUAUGUAAUAGAAGAAGACAAAGGUGACGGGUGGACGCGGAUCCGAAGGAACGAAGAUGAGGAGGGCUAUGUCCCCACGUCCUAUGUUGAAGUCUAUUUGGACAAAAAUGCCAAAGGUGCUAUGACCUAUAUUUAAUGUUAUUAUUAUUGUUUUAUUUGCUUUCACAGAGAUAAACCAACCCUGAAGCUGCUCUGUGUCGCAGAUAGAGCUUUUUAUGAGUCUGUUCAAUGCCACCAAGUGCAUUAUUCUGUGCAUGGACUAAUUAUGGCUUGUUGUACUGCAAAACUGCUUUUCUUGCUCAGAGAAGGGUGGUGUGGGGGCCUGUGAAAGCAGAGGGGAAAAGCAGCCUUUCCUGGACAGUGUUUGCUCAGCUGUCAUUGCCCUUGCUCGCCCAGCUUAGUGCAGGAGGCACAGAGCCCUUUGGGAUCCUUCAGGCUCUCUCAGAUGCCCGAGUGGCACCUCGGACACAUCCACAAAUCAACUGCUUGUCCCAAAGUCACUCAGUGGAACUUUAUAGAGGGAGUAUUGAGACUGCUGGUUUGUGUCUGUGUGGGAGCUUUUCAGAGCCUGUUGUGUUCUGGGGGCCUUUGGGAUUGAAAACUGGUGGUAAUUUAGUGUGGAAGGGAAUGGAGAGAUCUUACCAAAGCCCCUCUGCACAGCGCUCUGCAGUCCUUGAUAAAUGGCUAAAACAUUAAGAAAGCUCCUCUGUUCUUUCCCACCUCUCUACAUUUCAGAUGUAUUUACUGUUUCAGAUGACCAGAACUAAUGGUUUAAUCUUUUGCUUACACAAGAUCAAUGGAGACAUUCAGGGUUUGGACCUGUAAGCUGCUGUUUGUUGCUUUUAAUUCCUCCCAAAUGUUUUGUGUAAGGAAGCAGUGCUGCAGAGCAGACCUGGCUGGAGUAAAUACCAGUGCUGAACACCUGCUAAUGGGAUACACCAAGAAAUCAAAAGAUUUUAGCCCUGUUUCAAACCAGGACAUGUUAGAACUACCCUAUUAAAUAAUUUCUGUUUAUUCAGUCACUUAAUCCUUCAGAUUAUUGUGUUUCCUAGACUUGAGAGUUCUUGGUGUGAAACAAGCAAAAGAAUCCAAGUCAAAAGCAAACUGAACCAUUUUCUUUGGGAUUUAUGGGCAGCAGGAAGAGAGGAGUAGGACUGUGUCCAUAAACCAGCACUGAAACUUUGGCAGUUCAGUGUUGAGGUGGGUGUUAAUCAGUGCAGUCCCUUGUCUGCUGCAGGUGAAAAUCUGAGCCUUCAUUCAUUUUGCCAUAAUACAAGUUUUAUGUUCCUGUUGGCAAAUACAUGGUCAGUUGAGAUGCAAAAUUUUGGACCCCUCUGUUGGUUUUUAUUAACCUUUGAAAAAGAGGAACAUGAAUCAUCAAUUCUCCUUUAUAUCCAGAACAAGGCUGAAGGAUUGGAAAUUGUGGAAUCACAGACUGGUCUGGGUUGGAAGAGACCCUCUCAUCCCAAACCUCUGCCAUGGCAGGGACAUUUCCAUCAGAGUAAAAAUCAAACUGUGCCAGGGUGAAGCCUGAUACAGCUGCAGCCAUUUCUGUAGCCACAAUGGAGGUUUUCCAGAUCAUUUAAAGUUUCUCCAUUAAUUUUGCUUGAUUUCAGGAACAAAAUCAAAUGUAUCUGUGAAUAUCUAAAGUAUAGGAAGGAUAACAUUUACCUCUUUUAUUUCUCAAGUCUGUGGUUUGAAAGAAAAGCUAAAAGAGAACUUUUCAUAGAAUGCAGCAUGAAGAUUUGGAGAAAAUGCUGCUGUGUUUAAAAGGUGAACUUCGUUGCAAGCUGCAAACUGAUUUUGGUAUUGGUAGAAGUGACUUGAUUCAGUCCUUGAAACAGAAGCGAUGACAUUCCUGAAGAUAACACUGUAAAUACUAAAGCAUUUGCAAACUUUUGCAAUCCUUUCCUCUUUUUGGGAAGAAGGUUGAGCAGCUGGCACCAUGAAAGGCUGGUGGGAGCCCCUGUGACUGUCCCAGCCAGCAGAGCCACUCCUGGCCUAGCCUAGCCUGCCUGGCCAGGCUGUGUCUGUGCCACGAGCCAGGGGCAGCUCAGGGCACUGCUCAGUGCUCUGUGAAGCUGCUUUUUCUCUCAGCUGGGGCCUGUGCUGUCAGGGCUCUGCUGCAGAGCUGAGCUGAGCAGGACAGGUAAGUUGUGUGCUGCAGGUGCCCUCCUGAUCACUUCUUACUGGAGCCAGGCUGGGUGUGUGCCCUGCCAGCCCCUGUGUGAGGGUCCUGAUGGCAUUUACAGGGUGCCUCUGGUCAGAGGGUGUUGGCAGACCCUUCACAAAAAGAACAGUAAUGCCUAUCUUGUUUUGCCUUUUUUUUUUUU